UAGACAGUAAGUGUGUUGCAAUAGUACAGUAGUAGAAUUUGUUGUUACUAAACUGAUUUGAAAUUUGAAGUUGAAAUGAAUUUUGGCCAAAUUGAACCACCACCAAAGCAGAACUUCCUUACUGGAUUGGAGCUGAGUUUAGACUAAGUAGGGGAGGGGAGGGGGCACCUCAUCUUCUUCCCGCCUUAUCCUCUGCUCGCAUGGCUCCUCCGCCUUCCCUCCUCCGCCCAGCGCACCAAACGCUACUACCCCCCUGCGCCCUUCCUCCUCCUCCCCUGCCCAGCCUCUUCUCUCCUCGCCACCGCCGACGCCCGCGCCUCUUAUCUGCUGCCGCAGCCGAUGGUGACGCCUCCGCCGCCAUCUCCGCCGGGAAGGGACGGGGCUCUUCCCCAUCCUCCUCCGUCCUCACCUUCCAGCAGGCCAUUCAGCGCCUACAGGAGUACUGGGCCUCCGUAGGAUGCGCCGUCAUGCAGUGCAGCAACACUGAGGUUGGAGCAGGGACAAUGAAUCCUUUGACAUUUCUUAGAGUUUUAGGCCCUGAGCCAUGGAACGUCGCUUAUGUGGAGCCAAGUAUAAGACCAGAUGAUAGUCGCUAUGGGGACAAUCCUAAUAGGCUUCAACGUCAUACUCAGUUUCAGGUUAUUUUGAAGCCGGAUCCUGGAAAUUCACAAGAUCUCUUUCUGCACAGCCUUUCAGCAUUAGGGAUCAAUGUGCGUGAACAUGACAUCCGUUUUGUAGAGGACAACUGGGAGAGUCCGGUUCUUGGUGCUUGGGGAUUGGGCUGGGAAGUUUGGAUGGAUGGCAUGGAGAUUACCCAGUUCACAUAUUUUCAGCAGUCAGGAAGCCUUCCAUUGCUGCCUGUUUCUGUUGAGAUAACAUAUGGACUUGAACGCAUCCUCAUGUCCCUUCAGGGAGUUGAUCAUUUCAAGAAUAUACAAUACACUGAAGGAAUUACAUAUGGAGAACUAUUCCUUGAGAAUGAGAAGGAGAUGAGUGCGUAUUAUUUGGAGCAUGCGGAUGUUGAUCACAUUCAAAAGCACUUUGAUGAUUUUGAAGAAGAGGCUCGCUCUUUAUUAUCACUUGGGCUGCCAAUUCCUGCGUACGAUCAGGUUCUGAAGGCCUCUCACGCUUUUAAUAUCUUAGAUUCAAGAGGUUUUGUUGGUGUAACAGAGCGUGCAAGAUAUUUUGGUCGCAUGCGGAGUCUUGCUCGUCAAUGUGCUCAGCUUUGGGUGGAAACACGAGAGGAACUUGGGCAUCCAUUGGGCACUUAUGAAGAGGCUAAUCUUAUCUAUCCUCAUGUCUCCAAAAAGCCUAGUAGGGAGGAAGGGCAGGGGCAGCCACGGGCAUUUGUUCUUGAAAUAGGAACAGAAGAGUUGCCACCCCAUGAUGUGGUAGAAGCAACUGAACAGCUAGAGAAAUCUCUAGUGACAAUAUUGGAGAAACGUAGAUUGAGCCAUGGGAAAGUCUGUUCUUAUGGGACACCAAGGAGAUUAGCGAUUGUUGUUGAAAAUUUAAGUGUGAAGCAAAUGGAGGUAGAAGUUGAACUACGUGGUCCACCAGUUGCGAAGGCAUUUGACCAAGAAGGAAAACCCACUAAGGCAGCUGAGGGAUUUUGUAGAAAGAAUAAUGUCCCCAUAGAUUGUCUAUACAGAAGAACUGAUGGUAAAACUGAAUAUAUCUAUGCUCGGGUCAAAGAGUCUGCACGCUUUGCUGAUGAGGUCCUAACUGAAGAUCUACCUAGUAUUAUAUCCGGUAUUUCAUUUCCCAAGUCUAUGCGCUGGAACUCUAAUAUUGUUUUUAGUCGUCCGAUACGCUGGAUCUUGGCACUCCAUGGAGAUUUUGUUGUGCCAUUUUCUUUUGCUAGCAUCUCAAGUGGGAACCGAUCAUGUGGCCUUCGUAACUCCUCUUUGGCUAAUUUUAAGGUGGAAACUGCAGAAUCAUACUUACAUAAUGUGGAAAAAGCUGGGAUCUUGAUUGAUACGAAGAAACGCAAAGAAAAAAUCUUGCAUGGCUCUAGUAUAUUGGCAAUAGGUGUUGGUGGAGAUUUCAUUGCACCUGGUAGCUUGCUGAAGGAGGUUAUCAAUCUUGUGGAGGCGCCUGUGCCCAUUCUUGGUCGAUAUGAUGAUUCCUUCUUAGAACUUCCUAAAGAUGUAUUAAUAACGGUUAUGCAGAAACACCAGAAGUAUUUCCCUGUAAUCUGCAAGACCACAGGCAAUCUGCUACCAUAUUUUAUUACUGUUGCCAAUGGUGCCGUUAAAGAAGAAGUUGUCUGCAAAGGGAAUGAAGCUGUUCUAAGGGCAAGGUAUGAGGAUGCCAAAUUCUUUUAUAAGAUGGAUACACAAAAGAAAUUUUCUGAAUUCCGAGGCCAGCUCAGCAGCAUUCUCUUUCAUGAAAAACUUGGCACGAUGCUUGACAAAAUGACACGUGUUGAGAAUACUGUUGCUGAAUUGACACUUGUUCUCGGAAUAAAUGAGAGUGUGGUCCCAAUUAUCAAAGAAGCUGCUGCGUUGGCUAUGUCGGAUCUUGCCACUUCCAUUGUCACAGAGUUUACUUCACUUGCUGGAAUUAUGGCACGCCAUUAUGCUUUGAGAGAUGGCCUUCCAGAACAGAUUGCAGAAGCACUAUUUGAGAUAACACUUCCACGGUUUUCUGGUGAUGUAUUUCCAAAAACAGAUGCUGGCAUAGUCCUUGCAGUUGCUGAUAGAUUGGAUAGCCUAGUUGGUUUGUUUGGAGCUGGAUGCCAGCCAAGUUCUACGAAUGAUCCAUUUGGAUUGCGAAGGGUCUCUUAUGGACUGGUCCAAAUAUUGGUCGAGAACAAGAAGAACUUUGACCUCAGGAAAGCCCUGAUCUUAAUGGCAGAGGUGCAACCUAUAAAAAUAGAAAGCAAUGUUAUAGAUGAGGCAGUACAAUUUGUCACACGGAGGCUGGAACAACUUCUGGUGGACAGGGGAAUCAACUGUGAGAUAGUCCGUUCAGUGCUUAUGGAGCGUGCAAACUGCCCUUAUCUAGCAUCACAAACAGCAAUUGAAAUGGAAGCAUUUUCAAGAACAGAAAUUUUUUCCAAAAUUGUUGAAGCAUAUUCAAGGCCGACAAGAAUUAUACGUGGAAAAGAAAUUGAGUCUGCUUUGGAGGUUGAUCCAAAUGUUUUUGAUAAAGAUGAAGAAAAAGUUUUAUGGAGUGCUUACUUGGAGGCUGCCGAUAAGAUUCACCCUGGUACCCACCAUGUAGGUGUUGAUAUCAAAACAUUUGCCAAUGUUUCUCUGCUCUUGAUACAACCCCUAGAAGAUUUCUUCAACAAUGUUUUCGUCAUGGCGGAAGAUGAGAAAAUUCGCAACAACCGGCUGGCGCUGCUACGAAAGAUUGAGAGUUUGCCCAAGGGAAUAGCGGACCUGUCAGUUUUACCUGGGUUCUAGUCGAGGAUCCACUUCUGUUUGAGUCCCUUUCUUGAGCACUAGUUAUAGUCGCCGACGGCUUGAUCAUCAUCAAUUUGAAGGCCAACGACGGCCACGUCUCCCUCAAGGGCACCGUCGCCAAGGGGUGUGAAAGCGGCGUCGAUCUACGAGGAGGCGACUGGAGGGCGGCGGAGAUGGUCGAUCUGCUCGUGAAUUGGACGGACGCACCUUCGGCCGGCCGGAGAGCUGCUGCUGCUGGCUCUCACACUCACCAAAUCGGUCACCAGUCACCACUGCUGCUGCUGCUGCUUCCUGAACCAUGAAGCAUCUGUUCUGAGUUGUUUGUGACUCCUGCAUUGCUGAUCGAGAAUAUAAGUUACUCUGGUCCUUUCUCGUAGAUAUAUUGUGCUAGUUCAUCUCAGAUCAAGGUACUCCGAUCCUUCAGGUACAUGUUGAUGCAUACAUUAUUACAGGCAUCUCUGUUCCCAACAGUACAGAAUCAUCCAUACAA